GUUUAGAAGGUUCAGCGAAUAAACUGGGUGUUGGCAUUAUUGAACAUGAUCAUGAUUCAAAUAAAGUAAAUGUUUUGGCCAACAUUCGUCAUACACAUGUAACACCACCAGGAACAGGGUUUCUGCCCAAGGAUACUGCAGCUCAUCACAGAGAAUUUGUUAUUCCAGUGAUUCGAGAGGCUUUGAAAACUGCUAAUGUUAAAGUCAAAGAGAUUGAUUGUAUUUGUUAUACUAAAGGACCUGGUAUGGGUGCACCUCUUGUGUCUGUAGCUAUUGUAGCGAGAACUUUGUCAUUAUUGUGGGAUAAACCGAUUGUUGCUGUUAAUCAUUGUAUUGGACAUAUUGAAAUGGGUAGAGAGAUUACAGGAGCCAAUAAUCCAAUUGUUUUAUAUGUGAGUGAUAUAGCAGUUGGUAAUUGUCUUGAUAGGUUUGCAAGAAUAUUAAAAUUACCAAAUGAUCCAAGUCCAGGAUAUAAUAUUGAGCAAUUUGCAAAAAGGGGUAAUAAAUUUAUUGAAUUGCCUUAUACGGUUAAAGGAAUGGAUGUUUCAUUUUCAGGAAUAUUAUCUAAUAUUGAAACUAUAUCUAUUGAACAAAUUCCAACUGGUCAAGUUACCUCCGAAGAUCUUUGUUUUUCUUUGCAAGAAACACUAUUUGCAAUGUUGGUUGAGAUAACUGAACGUGCUAUGGCUCAUAUUGGUAGUCAAGAAGUUUUGAUUGUAGGUGGCGUUGGAUGUAAUCUAAGAUUACAAGAAAUGAUGCAACAAAUGGUUGAACAACGUAAUGGAAAAGUGUUUGCGACUGAUGAAAGAUUCUGCAUUGAUAAUGGAAUAAUGAUUGCUCACGCUGGGUUACUUGCUUUUAGAACUGGUUAUACAACACCUUUAGAAGAAUCUACGUGUACACAAAGGUUUCGAACAGAUGAGGUUUAUGUUUCUUGGAGAGAAGCGAAUUGA